AAGCAGUACAAAAACUCUGCCAUGACCCCCUUCCCCAUGGAGAGCGUGUAUCUCAUUUUUCUCUCCACCUCUCGUCCCAACCUCCUUCUCCUUGCGUAUUGAUCCACAGCCGAAGAAUCUUUCCCUAGAUUGACCCCAGUCCGUGUUGACAUUCACCAUGGGCUUCAUGUUGAAGAAGCCGGAUGAUGCCACGGGCUCUGCCGCCCCGGCUAUCAUGAUUGGAUUGUUUGUUGCCUUUGGUGGUGUGCUGUUUGGUUAUGAUACCGGCACCAUCAGCGGCAUUCUUGCCAUGCCGUACUGGCGCAAGCUGUUCUCCACGGGCUAUAUUAACCCGUCAGACAACUACCCCGAUGUGACCUCCUCUCAGUCCUCCAUGAUCGUGUCUCUCCUGUCUGCAGGGACUUUCUUCGGUGCGCUGGGCGCCGCACCCAUUGCGGAUUAUUUCGGUCGUCGGCUUGCGAUGAUCAUCAACACAUUUGUUUUCUGCUUUGGUGUCAUCCUCCAGACCGCUGCUACGGCUAUCCCAUUGUUCGUUGCCGGAAGAUUCUUUGCGGGCCUGGGUGUUGGAUUGCUGUCUGCAACCAUUCCUCUGUAUCAGUCCGAGACCGCUCCUAAGUGGAUCCGUGGUACCAUUGUUGGCGCCUACCAGCUGGCUAUCACCAUUGGAUUGCUGCUCGCUGCCAUCGUGAACAAUGCCACCAAGGGCCGUAACGACACUGGCAGCUACCGUAUUCCUGUCGCUGUUCAGUUCGCCUGGGCUAUCAUUCUGGUGGUCGGCAUGAUCUUACUCCCGGAGACGCCUCGCUUCUUGAUCAAAAAGGACAAGCACGAAGCAGCUGCCAAGGCUCUCUCGCGCCUUCGCCGCAUCGAUGUCAACGAUCCUGCUAUUGUGGAGGAGCUGGCUGAGAUCCAAGCCAACCACGAAUAUGAACUCAGUGUGGGCAACGCGAGCUACCUCUCUAUUCUUCGUGGCAGUAUCGGCAAGCGACUGGCCACUGGCUGUGCUGUUCAGGCUCUGCAGCAGCUGGCCGGAGUCAACUUCAUCUUCUACUACGGAACUACCUUCUUCGAGCACUCCGGCAUCAAGGACGGAUUCAUCAUUACUUUGAUUACCAACAUUGUUAACGUUGUUUCAACCUUCCCCGGUCUCUAUAUGGUCGAGAAGUGGGGUCGCCGUCCUCUUCUCCUGUUCGGUGCUGUCGGCAUGUGUGUGUCUCAGCUCAUCGUCGCCAUUGUUGGCACUGCCACCACCUCCGACGUCGCCAACAAGGUGCUGAUCGCUUUUGUCUGUGUCUACAUCUUCUUCUUCGCUUGCUCAUGGGGUUGCACCGCCUGGGUGGUAACUGGUGAGCUCUUCCCUCUGAAGGCUCGUGCCAAGUGUCUCUCGAUCACGACCGCCACCAACUGGCUCCUCAACUGGGCCAUCGCAUAUGCCACCCCUUACAUGGUCAACUCCGGCCCGGGCAACGCCAACCUGCAGUCCAAGGUGUUCUUCAUCUGGGGUGGAUUCUGCUUCAUUGCCGGUGUUUUCGUCUACACCUGCAUCUACGAGACCAAGGGCCUGAGUCUGGAGCAGGUGGAUGAGCUUUACGCCAAGAUUCCUGUGGCCUGGCGCUCCACGGAAUUCGUCCCAUCUGUUAGCUACGCGGACGUCCGGGACGUGGCUGCCGGCAAACUGUCCGGCAACCUCACUGAGCUGGAGGUCGACGCCCAGAUGAAGCGCGACCUGGAGCAUGUUGAGAAGGCCUAGAGCAUACGCCGGCGUUUGUGAAUUGGGUUUUGGGUUCGGUGUUUAUUUUCCUUCUUUCUUCGUUUCCAUGGUGCCUAUACUGCCUUUAUAUACCUAGCGAGUGGCGGUUCGAAACGUUAUCUUGGUGAUGAGAGACGUGGUAUGAUGAUUGGAUCACGAUCAGCUUGAAUAUCUUGUAUUAUAUAAUAUUCUUCUCGCACUGCUCUUUUGACCAAGGAUUAUCUUUUUCGAAGUUCAUCAUGGAAUUGUCUGUCAUCAGUCGUAGGUUACAACUCAACCGUCACCGUGCACCGUUUUGAGGAGAAAACAAAUAAAUAAACUGGCUCACGAUAUCAA